AGCGAAUUAAGAUCAGGACUAGAUGACGGAACAGUCUACAGCACUGAUAAAGUCAAACUCGUUCGCUUCCAACCACGCUUGGGUGGAUCGCGCUUUAUAAUCAGGUUACAGAUUACUAUAAGGAGCUGAGUCUUGCUGAAAGGACCUUUUUUGGUUAUGGAACAUAGUGUUGUUAAGAGGCUUAACCACCUUUUCAAGAACAACUUGAUACAAUUGUGCUGAUGUUUUGACACCUUUUUGACAAAGAUAUGCCUUAGUCACUCUUUGAUAGUUAACUGCCCCUUUCCACCAAACCAUCACUGAUAACUGUCCACGCUGUACUGUGCUGACUAUUUGAAAGCUGCUAUAGAGCUUCGAGCAUAAACUCAGUAAUUCAGCUUGUUAAAACAUUGCUCAAUAGUAAAAAACAAAGUGAGUCUUGAGUGAGUGUCUAUUCAUUUUUAAAUUAUCAGUUUAAUAAUGACUAAAGCGUCUCCAUAGGCUGCAAGUCCUGAGUCAUCUUUCAAAAUACGUGAGAUGGUUCUAGGUACUAUAUUCAUUUCCCGAGAUAAAAUCGCCGGAUAUACGCUUGUUUGUCAUAUUUUUAACUUAAACAAAUAUAUAUAAUGCCACUGUAGCUACGUGUUUUAAAGUGCUAUCCCACGAUCUGUGUUGUCGAGGGAGAGGCCGCGCCGCGCAGGGUUUUCCAAACGUUUCAGAACUCUAACGUUCAAGAUUUAGCAGUAUCUAUACAUGAUACGAGGUAAAUAGAAAUCUCGUACAUACACUUUGAUAUUAGAUUAGAUUAAUGUUGACUGUGUGUCAUGUACACAAACCAAAAAUAUUAUCAGAAAGUAAAUAAAUGUCCAGUCUACAAAGGAUCGUCUCAGUAAGUAUAGAUUCGUUAUGCCAUCACUAAAUGCAUCCUUAUUUAUAUCACGUAUAGAUACUAUAUCUCCAAAGUGAGAGUUCUCAAACGUUUGGCAAACUUGCGCGGCGCGGCGUCGCUCGCGACCACACAGAAUUUGGAGUUCCAUGGUGUGAUGCGCUUCUAUUUUCAAGACUCCGGACAGAAGAUAGCUACAAAAUGCAUACGUGUAGCAUCAGAUGCGACAGUGAGCGAUGUUAUAGAAACGCUGAUAGAGAAGUUCCGUCCGGACAUGCGGAUGCUGUCACUCGGCUCGUACUCGCUGUGGGAGACGCACGGGCCGGACGACGAGCGCCGCCUCGAGCCGCACGAGAAGCCUCUGCUCGUGCAGCUCAACUGGCAUACGGAGGACCGCGAGGGGCGCUUCCUGCUCAAGUGCCUGACCAACAACGAUGUGGCCUUAUCUUCAGUCAACGAAAAAGCAGACCAGAAUUUCAAACGAAAAUUGUCGAAACGCGAGAAGAAGGAAUUAAAGAAGAAAGAAAAGCUUUCGAGAUUAAAGUCUGACACUAACGACGAGAACCGUCCAGUUGCGGAAAAACUUUACACAGAACUGCCGGAAACGUCGUUCACGCGCAGCAUCAGCAACCCGGAGGCAGUGAUGCGUCGCCGACGGCAACAGAAACUCGAGCGUAAGCUGCAACAGUUUCGCAGUAAAGACGGAGGACCGGACACAGGCGGAACGUUGAAGAUCUACGGGUCGUCGCUGUGCCCGGACGUGCCGUACAAGACGCUGCUGGUGUCCGUCGGCGACACGGCGGCGGGUGUGGUGCGGGAGAUGCUCGACAAGUACGGCCUGUCGCGCCACGAGCCGCACCACUACUGCAUCGUGCAGGUGGACACGACUGACAAUUCGGAGUAUAUACUGGAUGACGACGAAUGUCCACUCGCCAUCGUUAUGACACAUCAUCAUCACAGCUCCAUCAUGUUCCACGUGCGGCGGCGGCCGGCGGACGCGCAGCCGCGGCGGCGCAAGAAGAAAGCAGGUGGCAGCAUCGGCAGCGGCGGUCGACCCGGCAACGAGCCCGUACUGUUGGAAGUAACUCCUGAAGGUGCCACGCUCGAGAACGGUCGCCGACUGCGUAUUACCGACGUGGUUGAAGUGGGUUCUGGCAACGGCACCGCGCUGCAAUUGUACGGGCCUUCAAUACAGCCGCGGCACUGCGUGGUUGCGCCGGCGGACGGCGGCGGGUACACCGUGACGCCGCUCCACGCCGAUGCGCAUGUGUACCUCAACGGACGACGCGUAACGCACACCCAGCGGUUACAGCAUGGCUGUUUGCUUAAAUUCGGUCGCGUUUCAACGUUCCGUUUCGUGGACCCCAUGCAGGAGAACAUCCUCAACAGAAACCUUUCACAAUCGCAACAUUUUGGAUCCGGCUCCAUCUAUGACAGAUCGGCGACGUCGCCCGGCAGCGCAAUGUCGCCCGUAUCCGACCCGCAAGUGGCCGACUCGAACGCUAACACUACUGACGACUACACUCGCACCAUGAGCCCCGUCUCCCAAGACACUUACUACAGGGACGGGGAUAAUACGUCGCGCUCCUACGCCGACGAUAACACGAGGUCUUACCGCGAAGACGACCCCAACUCCCGUCCAUAUAUCGACGAUCAAAGGUCCUACAGAGACGAUGAUCCCACGCGGCCAUACAACAACAACACACUGAAACUCGACAACGAGUCACUCAUGAUGUCUCAGCAAGUCAUACCCACCGACGAAUUCAAUGACGAACAUCCUGGCUCUGUCUACAACGAGCAGGAUCAGAACGCUACACCGAACAGAACAGCUAACUCACAAUACAAAGAUAAUUACGAGACUACCUUCGACCUUGACGGGAACGUGGAAACUAAGAGCAUUUGCAGCGCCAAGAGUGGUGGCUCCGGACACGAGAACAGAAUGAGCGCCACUGUGCCGACGGCGCGGCCCGGUCAGGAGGCCAUCUUGCCGGCUGUGCUGGAGUUCCCCGAGCAGGGGCAGGCGCAGUUCCUGGCAGCCGUCAUCACCCGCCUCGACCCGCACGCGCCCGCCUUCAAGCUGGCGCCCGUCUACACCUUGUACCUGUGUGCCAGAUAUCGAGCUUCCACGCACUACCGGCCCGAGUUAACCCCUACGGAGCGGGCCCAUAAGCUCACCGCGUUCCUACAUCACGUCGCUACCCUCAUUCACGAAACUGUGCAGCAAAGAUGCAACGACUCCGCUGCUCAAGCAUUUUGGAUGGCAAAUGCCAGUGAAUUAUUACAUUUCCUCAAGUGUGACCGGCACAUAUCAUCUUUCUCCACCCAAGCACAGGAUUUGUUACCGACGACCGUGCAAAAUGCCUUCAGCAACCUCGUGUCGUGCUUUCAAGAGGAACUGUCUCGGGCGCUGGCAACGCUAACUAAUCCGGCGAUAGUGGACGCUACGGAAGCGACUGCGCCUACUCUGCAAACGUUGGCUGCUGCAAUGGUGUUAUUGCGGCGGUGCCGCGUCAACGCAGCGCUUACUAUACAGCUGUUCUCCCAUCUCUUCCACUACAUCAACGCGGUGUGCUUCAAUAAGUUGGUGACGGAACCGGGAACAAUAAGCGCUCGAUGGGGCGCGGCUUUAUCGGCAAGAUUCGCCUUAUUGGCCGCUUGGGCGGAACGGCAGGGGCUCGAGAUAGCAGCAGAUUGCCAUCUCGCACGCACGCACCAGGCCGCUCGCCUAAUACAAGGCGAAUAUCGCACUGCGGACGAAGCUCGCGCGGCGCUAUCCGCUUGCUUUAAACUGAACUCGGUGCAAGUGAGGGCAUUGCUGGCCCCGCUAGCCUCACCGGAAGUAUUGGAGGCAGCCGUGAACCACGCAAGGGCCUUGUCUGAUGAGUUGCAUCGCUCCGACGGACGCGAGAUCCGGUUGGAAGAAAGUGUUUGGCUAGGCACCGGCCUUCUGAUCCCCGGCGACGGAUUCAGCGCGGAAGUAGUACGCGGUGUACCGCCCGGUCUAGCAGAAUUCGUGGCGCCCCUACAAAGGGGUGGAUUGUGCCGUCUAGCGCACCAACCCCACGCAGUAGGGGCGUGGACCGUUUAUAUGGGGCACGCCCCGACUCGACCCCACGACCCCCAUCCCCGCGUCACUAUAGUGCAGCUCAACAAGAACUCCAGCGGCAUGGGGCUGAGCAUCGUGGCUGCGAAGGGUUACGGACAGAACAAGCUGGGUAUAUACAUCAAGUCCGUAGUAGCGGGAGGCGCAGCGGCCGCAGACGGACGGUUGGCGGCCGGCGAUCAGCUGCUCUCUGUAGACGGCCAGUCGCUCGUCGGUAUCACACAGGAAAAGGCGGCCGAGUACCUAAUGCGCACAGGUCCCAUAGUCACAUUGGAGGUGGCCAAGCAAGGUGCGGUACUACACGGCCUCGCAACGCUGCUCCACCAGCCCGCGUAUUCGCAGAAACCAGGGGCAGCGGGCGCAGUAGGGAAUCCCGGGCCUGGUGGUCGGCGGCUUUCCGAGCGCGACUUGUCUCGUUUACCCGCUGAGCCGGUGAAGCCGAGCAAGAGCACUCCGGCACUGCACCACGCGCAUCCAGCAUCACAACAUCCUCAGAGCGCUAAUCUGAGCGGGGCGCAAGCGGGCCCCGGGUCACCGAGUGCGUGGGCCCACAAGUCUCGCAGCAGCCACAAUCUGUCCGCGCCCCACGACACCUUCUACCAGAACCUGGCUGCCGUCCACCAGCAUACGCUGCAGGACAGAUGGUCAUCGCUGCGUAGCUCGACGGGCAGCAACCGACCGCAGUCGGCGCACUUCUCAGCCAACUCCGCCGCUGCCGAUCAACAAACCCCCGAGGCACAUAUGCAUCAACAGAUGUCGGCGCGAUCAGCAAAACUAGCGGAGAUGUCGGAAGAGGUGAAUAGGCGUAUGCAGCAUCAACAGCAACAACAGCAACAGUUCCAGCAGUACCAGCAGAAGCCGCCAGCUAUUCAGCCACAACAAAUGCAACCAGUCAUGCAGCCAGCACACAACCAUCGACAGGUCGCCAGCCCGCCCAUGGCGCCGGGCUACGCGGGCCCGCCGCACCCGCACCCUCACCCGCCGCUGUCGCCGCCGCCCGCCCACGCCGCCCUCUACCACAACCCGCAGCAGCACCCGCCGCAGAGGUACGAAUGGCACCAACCUGGACCGCCGUCCCCACACAGAUCACAACCACCAGUAGCUCCCAAACCACAGAAUGGAAGGCGACCCGAAAACGAAAUAGAAGAACAGUUCCAACAACCACAACAAGCGCAGUCUGGAGCCACAGUUCAACCAGAAGACGAGCGUUACGUAGCCAGCGCCUUAGAGCCACCCGCAGUAUCAGUAUACCCCACGGGAGGGGCGAAUUCCGGGGCGGGUGCCAGGGCUCAGCCUACACAUAACCCCUGGCAGAGGGAGGAGAGGGAACGGCAAGCUGAAGCCAGGAGACAAGCUAAUCGGGCCCGCAGAGAUGCGACGAUCGCCCAACUGCUAUCACUGGGUGCGGCGCGUACUCCCGUGCAAAACCAACAGCUACGAUCACUUCAGCUCGAGAGAGACUUCGAGCGACGAGCUACGCAGCACGACCAGGAGGAAGUCGCAGCUUUAGAAGCAGGAGUCGAUGACGAUGAAGAAGAACAGCUUACGGAGAUGGAACCACGAACUCCCGUUCCUGCUUCCGCUUCCGCUCCCGCUCCCGCUAGCACUCAGCCACAUCCUCAACCGCCCAAGUCUAUACUGAAGGUCAAUACUCGCCCGGAAAUGGCUAAUGGAUACGCGCCCGAACCGCAAUCGCAAGCGGCGCCGCAAGCGAGCGCGCAGGAAUCGAACCGCGUAUCGGAAGUGACGAGCGGAGUGAGUGCUCUCUCUGUGAGCGCGAAUAUUGUAAGCGGGAAUACUAUGAGCGGACAGAAUGUGAGCUCCCCUCCCCCGCCUCCCCCCGCCAGGGGAUCCUCCUUCGCAGUAAUGGCGGGGAGGACGCGACCUCCUUCUGAACAAACGCCAGUUCAUCACGCACCACUGUCUCCCGUAAGCAGUGGUCGAGACAAGCGCGUGUCGUUCCACGAGCGGCCCGCGCCCGCUCCCGGGCCUGCUCCGCCCGCCCCGCCCUCCACCUCCCCGCCCCCGCUCGAGCCGCCGCCCCGCGAGGACCCCGACCGCUUCAUCGAAGAGGCGGAGAGUAUGCUAGCAGGCCCCACGUCGCCCGUGACUCCGACGCCCACGCACACUCCCGGGGUUAUCGGCGCGCAAGAAGUCUACAGGGAUCCGCGCACUCGCCGCCUGGCCGAACAACAGGCGCGCGCGAGCACGGCGCCGGUGCCCGAGCAACUGUCCUUCAAGGAGAAGAUGAAGAUGUUCGCGCUCGAGUCCGGCGAGAACUCCACGCCCAAGGACAAGGUUAAAAUAUCCCGAGCUCAACGUGACAUCGACGCAGUACACUAAUGCAUUGGCGUAAAUCUACUUAACCGUUUAAGUAUAUGAUAUGCCCUAUAAAUCUUAGACUAAUCAGCGGUUAACUUAUGUAAUUAAAUGACACGCGUCAUAUUAUAUCAGUAUUAUACUAACAGAGAUAUAUUGAGAUGUUGCGUCGAAUCGAGUUUUCGUAUUGUAUAAUAUAAUUUUUAUCGUUUUUUAUACAAUACAGUCAUGGAAGUAGAUAUUUCAUAACCGAUUAAAUAUCCUUAUAAAAUAUGAAGUGAACGAGUUUUGUGGAUGUGUUUUGUCAGACCAACACUUUGCCUUUAACCGAAUUUGGUACCAAUUUUGUAUGUCGAUUGUAGAAUAGCGAUUUAUUCGAAUGACUAUAUUUUUAUGGUAAUGGAUUUCGAGUAUUAUACACAUCAUAUCGCCUUAGCAGCUAGAGCAACAUUUAUUGUGAGUUUCAGAUUACAUUUAUCUUAUAACCAUUUUUGGUGUGUCCAAAAUAUAUUUACAAUUAUAUUUUGUAUAAAUUAUAGUAUGCAUAGUGAAAUGUUUUGAUGUAUUCGAUAAAUAUUACUUACGUCCUGCAUAAAACAAUUAUGUACCAAAAAUGUAUAUGCAUUACAAAAACAAAACACCAAACUAUCGGAAUGGACCAAUAAUUAUGAUGAGUGGGUGUCAGUAGGUGCCUUUAUGUGUAAGUGGAUAAAAUCAUUUAACAUAUCCUCUGUUUGUCGUUUGGUUCACUUGGAGCUUCGUUACAUUCCAAAGAGUAUUUAAUAAUGAAUAUUCUUUAUCAACUUCUACUACAUGAGUAAGCAUUCCUAUAGAAAUCUUCUAUGAUCCCGUUAAAAAGUCUAUGUGUAUAACACGCUGUUAAUUGUGAGGGUCACUGUACCUUCAGACGAUAUAAAGCAAUAAAUAUUUGUCAAGCCUUUGUGUUGUAAAUAAGAUCUAUAAAUUCUUUUUUUUACAUAUGUUUAAGCACAUAUUUGUGCCAAAAUACAAAAAUGUACUUGUGGCAAAAUUAAGCUUUGGACGACAUGUCCUUGUGCGUUGGCAGCUGGGUGAAGGUCACAACUGGUUAGCUUCCGUUUGGAGAGAGCAGCUACGCAUUAUGAUUACGCAGUAAGACUAACCAACACUUAAAGUAAGACCAUAUCGGCUUCGAGCCUGUUAAACAAUACCAAAUUAAGUUUUGAGUAGUUAUAAUUUUCUUUGUAUAAGGAAGCAAAGUUCAGAUUUUUUUACACAAUGCUGCUGUUAAAAUGCAUCUUUUAUAAAUCGGUUUGUACUACUUUUAUUUCAAUUUAAUUUGUAUUGUUGAACAGAAUCGAGUCUACAAUUUUAUUGUAUAUAAUAGUUAAUAGAAUCCAAAUAAUUAUGUUAAGAUUUUGUACACCUGUUUGUAUUUGUACAUGUUUAUUUAAAAGAAAACAUCUGGACAUGUAAAGGGCCUAUCAUAAUGUAGUUAGUUUAGUUCCUGAGAAUACUUUUGAAUGUUCUCAGUAUUGACCCAACGAUAGUCAAUUAGCGAAAGAUUGAGAUUUAUUUCUAGAAUGGAGUAUUAAUAAAAUUAUUAUUUUAUGCUUAGAUGUAUAUAAUCAAUCACAUUUCAAUAAAUAGUUUUAUUAGCUGAUUAGUUUUGAAAACUUGACUUAAAAAUGUAAGUAAUCGAAAUGGCAUACAUUUCACAUAUUUCUUUUAUUACUAUUACCAUUAAUUAUUGUACUUCAUAAACUUAUUACAAGCAAAUAAUAAAUAAAGUAACUUUAUGCUGC